CUGAUUUCGUUUAUAAAUUAAUACUAAUGGGGUAUUUCGAAUUUUACAAUUUGGGAAGAAAUCUGCAAACCUUCAGUCGGAAUCAGAGUUUUCAACUACCGCAAAAGAUGAUUCAAUCUUUCUGCUCAGCUGAUUUGAUUUUCCACUUCAACGACUUGGGCUUGGAUCUGAUUGAUUGAUUAAGCAUUUCCUUUGAUUACUUGGGCUGUUUAUAUUCUGCGCAUAUCCCAAUUUGUGUUAGGGAUUUUCACAUCGUUAGGUUAAUGGGGCAUGUUCAUCGGAUUGCCUACGUCUUCAGCAACUUUAGCUUUCUAAGCUGAUUGCCUUUUUGUUUGAUUCCGGUUAUUGGACAUGUUUGUUGAGAGGGCAUUGUGAUUAUAAUGAAAUUCUUGGUUUUUUAAUGUUUGAAUAACUUGGUAAUGUUUGAUUAUCUCAGCUGAAUGGGAGCUAGUUAGGGUUCCAAGCUCUAGGAACAAGAUUUUGGGCGUUGGGUUCAGUGGGAGGAGUAGUGUUUGAAUGUUUAUGCAAUGAUUGAAUUGGGGGAGGCAUCUGAGCCCGGGUCCAGAAUGUUGACUUGCAGAUUGGUGAGAAGUGGUUCGUUUGGUGAGGAUGAGCGCUUUCUCCGGCAGGUGAGCUACGGGGCAACUGGAGCUAGGAAUACUAGUCCUCUUGGCCGAUUGGGGUCAAGGAAUACAAGCCCUUCUAGGCAGAAAGUCGUUAAGACGAAACCUCGGGGUUUGGAUGAAGAAACUGUGACAACGUUUUGUAAAUCUGCUCAGCCAGAUGUUCACAUGGAGGAUAACAUAUGGGCUAUGCUGCCAGAGGAUUUGUUGAAUGAGAUUUUGGCUAGAAUUCCGCCCUUUAUGAUAUUUAGGCUCCGCUCUGUUUGCAAAAGAUGGAACUCGAUUUUGCAGGAUAAUAGCUUUCUGAUGUUUCACUCACAGGUGCCAUCUCACGGGCCUUGCCUUCUGACUUAUUGGAGGAAUCCACAGACUCCUCAGUGCUCCGUGUUUAGCUUGCCGUUGAAGCAGUGGUUCAGGAUUCCAUUUAAUUUUCUACCACCAUGGGCGUUCUGGUUGGUUGGCUCUUCUGGGGGUUUGGUGUGUUUCUCGGGAUUGGAUGGUACGACUUUCAAGACGUUAGUUUGCAAUCCAUUAACUCAAACUUGGAGGACUUUGCCAAGUUUGCAUUAUAAUCAGCAGAGACAGUUAAUUAUGGUUGUUGAUAGGAAGAAUCGAUUGUUUAAAGUCAUAGCCACUAGUGAUAUUUAUGGGGACAAGUCAUUGCCCACUGAAGUAUACGACUCAAAGGUAGACAAAUGGUCGCUUCACCAAACCAUGCCUGCUGUAAACCUAUGCUCCUCGAAGAUGGCUUUCUGCGACUCAAGAUUGUAUCUGGAGACCCUUUCACCACUCGGUCUAAUGAUGUACAGGCUUGAUACGGGGCACUGGGAGCACAUACCUGCAAAGUUUCCGCGGUCUUUGUUGGAUGGAUAUUUGGUGGCUGGGACUCAGAAACGCCUGUUUCUAGUUGGAAGAAUCGGUUUGUAUAGUACUCUACAGAGUAUGAGGAUUUGGGAGCUCGAUCAUACAAAAUUUGUAUGGGUUGAGGUCAGUAGGAUGCCACCAAGGUUCUUUCGGGCUCUUUUGAGACUCUCAGCAGAGAGAUUUGAAUGCUUCGGACAGGAUAACUUGAUAUGCUUCACAUCUUGGAACCAAGGGAAAGGUCUUCUAUAUGACGUGGAUAAGAAGGUGUGGUCUUGGAUUGCUGGAUGUGAUCUUCAAUCCUACAACAGCCAGGUCUGCUUCUACGAGCCCAGAUUUGAUUCAACGAUUCACUGAUGAGCAGAUCCACAUUCUAUACAUCCCCUUUUGAUCUGCAUCCCAUGACCAAAAAAGACUUACUCUCAUCAAUUCUGACAUGUUCAUGAUUGCUGAAACCAGCCGUCGAUCAUGUUCUUCAAGGAACCAGUUUUGGAUUGAGUAGCUCCCUUGCACACAGAUCGAAGUCAAUUGUAAACUACUCAUUCUCAUAUCUUUGUUGUAUAUCUAUGCAAUGAGCCAUUUUUAUAGUUGUGGAACUGUCUUCUUGUCGAUAUACUGCUUUGCUUUCC